GUUGCCGACCAUUGUCGACGGUGUUCGUGCGGUAUUCAUUCGUGCCUUCGUGGACGGAGCGUGGAAUAGAGCGAGGCAGAUCGUUGCCGUGCGCUUUGCAUUUUGCUUUCACGAGUACCGAUCGACGCGAGGAUUCCGAAAUCUUCUUCCCCUCGUCUCUCAACGAUGCAUCGGUGUGGCUUCUGAAAGUUCUGUAACGACGCGGAUAGGAUAACAUCCUCGCGGAUCGUCGGUGUUUUGCUUCCCUUCCCGGUCGGGCGUGCAUCCACGCCGAUCGUGCGUAUCGCGCCACGAUGGCUCUCAGCCAAACCAGCGUGCUGAAAUUGUACAACACUGUGAUAGAAGAUGUAAUAUCGGGAGUACGAGAGUCAUUUAUAGACGAAGGUGUAGAUGAGCAGGUUUUACUAGAGCUCAAGCAAAUAUGGGAAGGAAAACUAAUGGCCAGCAAGGCCGUGGAAUUAAAUCCAGAUCCACCAGAGCCGCAAGUUCCUCAAAUCAAUACGCACAAAGCUGUGUCUGUCAAUAAAGCUAAUGUAGGAAAUCAUUUUGUACAACCAUCUGCUGGAAAUACAGUACCGCAAACGCAACCUCAACAACAAUCGCAACAGCAACAACAGCAGCAAGUACAAGCACAGCCACAGCAACCCUCGCAACCUCAACAACACACGCAUCCUUCCACGGGAACAACAUUGCAGCAACAGCAGCAACAUUCGACAACGCCGUCGGUGCAACAAAUGACCGCUUCAGCUGUGCUUAAUCGACAAGUACCCAUACAAAUCACCUUACCUCCACAAGCUGGCGUGCCGGAUGGACCACAACGUAUUUUAAGCAUACAAGUUCCUGCAUCUGCUCUUCAAGCAAACCAGCUGCAUACAAUUUUAACAGGUCCGGUAAUUUCCGCCGCUAUGGGUCUUCCAGCAAAUUUAGCUUCAACUUUGUUGCAACAGCAUGUGAAUUCUACACUGCAAGGACAAGCAGCAUUAACUCCAUUACAAGUGAAUCAGCCUCUUCAAGUGGUUACACAAAGUACAAACAGUGUCGUUACACAAAGGCCACCUCAAAAUCAGCAGCAAAAUAAUAUAAAUCAGUUAGAUGGAGGAGUCGGUGAUUCUACUGACGAUGACGAUGAAGAGGAAGAAGAGGAUAACGAUGAUGAUGAUGAGGAUAUGGAUGAGAAAGAGGAGGAAGAAAAUGAUGAGGCUGCGGCUCGUGAAGAGGACCCCCUUAAUUCCGAAGAUGAUGUUACGGAUGACGAUCCUGCUGAUCUCUUCGACACCGAUAAUGUAGUCGUCUGCCAGUACGAUAAGAUUACAAGGAGUCGGAAUAAAUGGAAAUUUUAUUUGAAGGACGGUAUAAUGAAUCUGUCUGGAAAAGAUUAUGUGUUCCAAAAAGCAAAUGGGGACGCUGAAUGGUAACUCUUAAGUGCGUUGUGAAUAUCGUGUUGCCCACAGUAAGCUCGACUCAGGGACACUGCGUAUAAAGGCAACUUGAUGAUUGUGUUCACAUGAAAUCGCGUUAUGACAGAUAACGAUAAUCUCUACGAUAAUUCUUCUAUCGAUUGCGUGAUGCUGCCGCAGACAAGAAAACAACAGUAUAGGGAAACAAUGAUGAACACGUUAUUAGAAAUAUCAUAUUAUUAAUUUUGUGUUAUAUUUUUAGCCCUCUGAAUAGCAGGAUAUUCGAGAUAUUUAGACACGCCAAUUCUACUUGUUGAAACUAAAUAAGUCACAAACGUUAAAAAUAUAUUAGGUUUUAUUUUUUUAUUCUGUUGCUAUUAAGCAGUCUUGAAUAUUCUAUAUUAAUAUAUUGAUUACAUUUUUCCUUCGAAUUACAUUUUUUUAAAUUUAGGAAAAUUCAAUACCGAAAGUCAAGAGGAGCAUAGGGGGCUAAUACAUACGAUUUUUAUCAGGCAAACGUUACUUUUCAGUUACUUUGUCAUUACUUUCUAUAGUAAACAAUUUGAUGACGACGUUGUAAUUUUUUAUGACAGUAAUGCUAACUAACUAAAUACUAAGGUUGUGCUAUGAUUAGAAAAAUCAUUUUUAAAAGUGAUUUACGUGUUACUAAAAAAUCAUUAUGUGUUACUAAAAAAAAAC